GGCAACACAUCGCUCGGUGUCGGCGUCUGCCACACACUUGUCUGCCGCUUCGAAGCGGAGCGCGCGAUCCUUUGCGGCCUGGUAUUUUUCGCGUCUAAUCCGCGGCGAUCAGUACGCGCUGUGUGUAAAAGAUCGUUCGUUACAACGUACGUAGUAUAUGCAGUAAUUUCGAAAAAUAGGGGAGCACGAACGACCGCGGUAACCCGAACGAGAUCGCGUUAGAACCCGUGCGGCGAAUUCCGGAGUCACGCUUGCACCGAGCAUUGCUUUUCAAACGUACGCAGGAUGAUGCAGCGCGCAGGGCGCCCGGGUGUUUUGACAUUUGUAACAUAUAGUUAUAUUUUAUUACUGUGAUACAUCUCGACGGUUAGCGCUUCGGGAGAUCCGCAAACGACGGUGGUCGUGACGGUGAAUGACGAGGGAAGUAUCGUCUGAGAGUAGCGCGGCGCAAACGAGCAGCGAGAAUGCCGACAGAUGUGACCGGGGGCCCAGGACUCGCAGUAGUGGCAGGGGAUGUUCUUACCCUGCGAGGCACAGGACUUGCUGCUGCAGAAACGUGGGCUCUCCUCUGCCAAGCAGCCCAGGCCCUCCAGGAUCUUUUUCUCUCAAAUGGAGGUGUGGUGGGUGGUUCGAGAGCAGGACCAGUGGUGACUCCACAUACGCUGGAACUGACACUACGUGGUAGGGUUUUGCUGCAGCUCGCACCGCCGGAAACUGCUCGAGCGUACCUGCCACCAGAGUAUCGACCCGGCCGCGUAUAUUCGGACACGGAUUCGGAAAAAAUGUGGAUGUAUUCUUUAGGUAGGGCAUUAUUGGACACGACUCCCAGAGCAACGGCGUUAACGGGGACCGUUUCCGUUUCACCCUCUUCCGCUUUGCAAUCAGUGUUGGCUGCCAUGACGGAGCCUGAUCCUCGUAGACGUGCCUCCUUGAUGAAUUUACUCGACGUAAUAUCCGAAUAUUGUCGGACACGUCUACAAGCGAGGCCCUUCACUCACAUAGUGAUGGAGAUGUAUCGAGAGGUUGUGAGAUCGCCGCAAUACACCGCGCGGAAACGAGCAAUGCAGCUGAAUGCCCUGUGUCCUACACGGAACAUGGUUGAACAAUUGAACCAACAGAAAAUCUACGGGCAUCAUCAUCAUCAUCCGCAACAGCAGCAGCAAGACUACGCCCAAGUUGUGAAUGGUCAACCGCCAUCUAUUCAACAUCAGACUCGUGUUGGGCAAUAUUUGUCGAAUCAAUUAGCCGUUCAGCAACGGCAGCAACAACAACACGAUCAACGUCAGGCUAAUCAAUUUCGCUCGCUUCAUCAGCAACAGGAUUAUGCACAGCAGCCACCAAAGGGUCAGCAGGAUCAUCGUAGUCAUCAUUACAAUCACCAGCACGCGAAAGGGACGCAUUUCAGGACACAAUCGCGCAAUUCCCAGUCACAUCCCAAUUUGACGAGCUUGUGCGAUUCACAGCAGCAGCAGCAGCAGCAACAACAACAGCAACAACAACAGCAGCAGCAGCAGCAACAGCCAUAUCGGGAUACUGCCCUCAGCAGUUACAGAGCGCACUUUCAAUCGCAGUUGGAUAUCCAAAGCGGCAGCCGAUCGAUAGGACCAGCGACAACACGUCGGGUGCAUCAUCACUCGAGGACAUACUCGCAGCCGGUUUAUACGCGACUUCAACAUACCAGGAGCAGUGGCAAUCUGCCGACGACGACGAGCGCGAUGGUCGACGGUAAUCCCGACGGGAAUGUUUACAACGACCCGAUAUACGCCCUGCCGGUUAAACCCUUCCUGAGCUCCCAGGAUGUGCGAGUCAAUGGAUUGUCUGCGAAACCUCCUGCGAUCUGUCAUGGAGACGAGGUUUAUGGUAGAUCAUCAUCGAUAAACAGGCAUCCUUCAAAUACCGGUCACUCCCAACCCGAUGUAACUUCCCAACCAAAUGAACGUCUUCACGAAGAUACGUAUGGACGAACGCCUCCGGGAAGAGUGCUUUUGCAAAGGCAACACUCGAACCCGCAACUGCCGAGUAGAAUGCAAACUGACGAAGAUUUUAAGCGAUUGUCACAGCCGAGCGUAGCAACGACCGAAUCUCGAUGUGUUGACAUUGCGCAAAAAGGACAGACGAUACGGCAACAAAAUUUAGCAACUACUAUGAGACUGAGAGGACUGCAAGGACCCCCGAAACCACCUCGAAUUAUCACUACCUUAAGAAAAACCGCUCUCUCCGAUUCGGAAUGUAAUAGCCACACAGAACCGCCAGCAAAGCCUCCCAGAAUCAUGGUGAGGAACGGGCCAAGAGCUCGACGAGGAAAAGCAGUUCAAAGAGCACCAUCGCGCUUGUACAGAACGGUGGGUGGACCCACCAGAUGUUUCAAUAAGGCGCAAUGUGUUGGUCCUGAAUUUGUAGUUCGUGCCAAUCAACUCCCGAAAACAUUAUGCGUGGGACAAGUCAAGGCGGGUAACUCUGGCCGGAUAGUUGUAAUAAUGCUAACAGGACAACGCGUGGAAGUAACCUGUGAUCCUCAGAAGGUCACUGCCGGGGAUUUAUUUCAGGCUAUUGUUCAAGCGGAAAGCCUCGAUGAAAACUUCACUCUAGGAUUGGCCGUACUACUGGCCGGGGAUUUUGCGAUGUUACCACCCGACACGAAAUUAAAUAAAGUCGCACCACCGGGAUGGUUAAGCAGCGGUAAAAGCAAAGGUUUGCUGGGUCUACCGACUAGUUUCAUGCUGUACCUGCGACUCCGAUUCUUUCUACCAUCUCUUCGUGGUACCCGGAGUUGGAUAUCGAAGCAUUUGCUAUAUCUGCAAAUAAGGCGAUGUAUACUGGAACAGCAGCUGGUAUGCCCAUAUUCCGAAUUAAUCAAUUUGACGGGCCUCGCACUUCAAGCUGAAUUCGGGAAUUACAACGCCAAUGAGCACGGCUGCGGAGAUUACUUCCUUCUCGAGCACUACGUGCCGGAGUCUUUGAUAUUGAACGCGGACCGGCAUCAAUCGCAACCCUGCGUCGACGCCGAUACACUUCGGGCGCAGCUACAUCGCGCUCACCGCGACCGCCGUGGCUUGGACUCGAACAAAGCCGAGGAGAUGUUCAUAACUCACGCGCAGUCCCUGCCGGAUUACGGUUCGCACUACUACAUUGCCACAGUAGACUCGAAGGAGUUAGAGAAACUGAUGAUGCGGCAGAGAAAGGGGAAGAGCACCGUGUCCGACAACCGCGAUGCCGUGUCGUCGCCUGACGGUGCAGGAAAGGCUCAUCGCAAGGAGAAACCUGCCCGGGAUAUCUGUUCCACCUAUGGCAGAAUCGGGAUCUCGCGGUUAAACUCCCGCGAGAAUAUGCCGAUGAUACCCUAUUCGGACGAGCACGUGAAGAACGCGGAUUUGUGCCGCGACGAAACGCGCAAUAACAACAAUAAAAAUAACAAUAACAAUAUUAAUAGUGUUAAUAGUGUUAACAGUAACAACAGCAAAAAUAGUAAAAGCAGCAAGAAAAAGACAGAGAGCAAUGUGUGGCUAGCGGUACAUUAUCAAGGGUUGAAGUUGCUGGAGCGAGGGGGCGAGCCAAGGGAAAGAACGGAAUUGGCCCAUUUUCAGUGGCGAGACGUACAGACGUUGAGUUACAGCAAGAGCUGUCUGGUGGUAUACAGCAAGCUGAAUGGGAAACGUUGCAAGUUCAAACUACGGAUGGAUCAUCGAAAAAGUUACUUCGCCUUCAAGCUCACGUCCCUGCAUCAUCAGUUCUUCCUCAGACUUCGUUCGGAGCUCACGUCACUUCAAGGCCUCGCUAAAGAAUUUGGAGUACCUCUGACAGAAGCAAAACCUACACCAUUAAAACCCAAGAGCAUCGAUGGUAAAACUAAGAUAACAAUCGCGAGCGUGGUUAAAGUACAGCAGAGAAUAAAUUAUCCGAUGCAACUAGAGGAAUAUCAAAAUAAGGAGAAUGAAAAUCCUCAAAAAGAUCCAAUUGUAGUGACGGCAACGAAGGACGUUGGUCGCGAACCCGCCUUUUAUUCGUCCGAAGAGGAUGCUCUUUAUGCACAAGUAAACGUGCGAUUAGAACCAGAAGGUCAAUCGCGAGACACAGAGGAUGAAUCGGAGAGAGGUUUAACGACACCGCACAAGAUCUUGUUGGAACCCAAAGAAACAAAAUCGGAGCAUGACAAACUCUACGGCUGCCCCGGUUUAGACAGCGAGGCUGAAACUGAAUGUGCAUAUUCGCUCCCAAAAGUUUUAUCAAACAACAUUAACCAGCUAGAUAAACCUAACAAUCCUGAAGAACUAUACGCCGCCAUUAAUAAAGUUCGACUAUCAGGAAAGAAGGAGUUCCCUGUUCCGGACGAAGUUUGGAAUGUAUCAGACAUUAAAAAAACAUUGCAAAAGAUGAAAGCAUCUAGCUUACCGAAUUAUGGUGCAUCGAAGCAGUCGGGUGGUCUUCGUACACCUAGCUUGCCGCGUCGAUUGGGUGUGAAAAUGGGUACGCGAGCGAUUUACAGCAGUUUAGUUCAGAAAGAUACCGCGCUUACCGACGAUACGGAAUCACUGUCUGUAAAGUCCGAUACCGAAUCGUCUAUUCAAUCGCUAUCAGCACGAUCUACCGAAUCACCCAUGCCGGAAGCAUACGUGUUAAAUGCUGAUAUACGAACUGACGACGAAACUUUCCGGAUUCCUGAAGACGAAUCGAUGUCUGCAUCUUUAAUGGCUCGUUUAGAAGAGCUGUCAUUCGCCGAAGAACGAAUUUUACAUACGAUCAAGUUGGAACGCGGCCACGGUGGUAGUAUAGGUUUACAAGUAAUGGAGGGUAAUGACGGUGGCGUUUAUGUUCAAGCAGUUUCCGUUGGCGGAUCAGCCGAUAUGGCCGGAAACGUAAACAAAGGUGACCGGAUUGUAGCAAUAAACGGACAGAAUCUGCUGAACCUUCGCUAUGAAGAUGCUCUGAAGAUGUUGCAGAGCUCGUCCGAAACGAUUGAGUUGGUUCUUUCGCAGCCUGCUGCUAUUCGAAAAAGCUUGGAAUCGAGAAACGACCAAGACCAGGGCUCUGUAGAGAACAAUUACUUGCAUGAUAUCAAAUUCGACGUGUCAUCGGAAGCGGAAACGUCCAGCAUGAUGAACAAGUGGAUCGUCCAGAAAACCACGGAUGUAGCGUCAGUGCAGAACACUUCAAGUGCAUAUAGUAGUGCCGCAUCCAGCGCUAUGGGCAAUCACAAUAAUACCAACAGCCUGUACAUGACUGAUCUCGUUGACAAUAACGCACUAAAAUCUGCCAAUAACGGAAAUUCGACUGAACCACCUGUGCCACCGCGACGAACGAAACGUAAAAUCAAGAUUGCGCCGAUCGAAUCGUCGGUGGCGAGCAACGGUGGAACGAAAACCACGAACGACAUCGCGAUAUCUCAGCAAAAACGUCCGCCGCCGCCGCUUCUACUGGAAAAAUGUCGACGAAACAAUUCUGGAUAUGUCGAAACCCGCCAGCCGCAAUGCGACACUUCGGCAAACUGUCCAAGAGCCGACACAGAGCAAUAUCAUCGCGAGAAUCGCGUCACUGCGUCGAAGAUGAUCGAAGUGAAGCGUCACGACAUCCAUAAUACGACAUCCAUAAGAAACAACUCGACAUCAAGCAACAGCGCAAAUGACGAUCCGAUUCCAAAGUCAAUCGUAUCGAAACCGCCAUUUCCGCCGAUCAUAUCGAAAUCAUCUUCUCGCAAUGUCGCGUCAUUUAAGCAGAAGGCAUUCGACAAGUAUCCACCGCUCUUUUUCACUUUUCACGAUUUCGAAAAUGUAGUGUCCGAUACAUGGAACAGAAACGAUUCUGUAGGGCCUAAGAACUCGCAAAAUUUACACGAGAAAGAAUCGACGAAAGCACACAUAUUGGAUGAUAGCGGUGACGUCUGUUUUCGCGUGUCGACAACGAGUCUUCCAUUCGAAAAGUGUCUAGACGAAUGGAGAGAUCCUUUUGACGAUGACUUCGCUCGGAAGUUCGACGAGUGCCGAUUCGAAGAUAGCACGAACAAAAACGAUGGAGUAAAUGAUAAGAGAUCGUUUGAUUAUAAUAAUGCUUUCGAUAAUAAUGACGAGUCGAAAUGUCGCGUUGGUGCGAAGGUACGAUUCAUGAUCGAAUCGCCAAGUUCUUCCCUGUCGAAACGUGACUCUAAUGUAAAAAUUACUGUGCCGUGUGACAGUUCGCAGAGCCACGAAUCCAUUCUCAACAAUGAGCAAGCCGGCGAACAAAGCGCCGUUUCUUCCGUGAAACUGACUGAAAUCCGAGAGGAAUUCGCAGAUGUAAAAGAUUGGUGCGACAAUGCACGAGAUAAAUCAUACACGUCGAGUGUCGACAAAAGAAAUUCCGCGACGGGAGAAGACGAUCCUUUUAUAAUGCAGGUAAACGAGGUUGACGUGAAAUUAAAUGCGAUUCCGCAAAUGUAUUGUAACGAUAGAAAUAAUGAUGUUAAUUGCGAGAAAAUUCGGGAGGAAGAUUUCGAUUUUACACCGCGAAACGUGCAGGCUAGCGAGGAGAUUUUCAAACCCGGGAAAGAAAACAUAAUAACGGGGAAAACUACUGCGAGCGAUGUAAAACAGGUGGGUCAAAGUAAUAUUUCGUCAGGAGUUGUGGAGAACGUUACAGGUAACAGUUUACAAAAAGCCAGCAGAAUUGAAAAAGGGACAAAAAUAACACACCGAGAAGAGAAAAUGUUUUUGAAAAAAAGUAGCGAUGACAUCAAAGAGAAAUAUGUUGCCAAGAAUGAAAAAUUCUUGUUCAAUGAGUCAUCCCAAAACGAACGUAAUGACAAUGGUGAACCGAGCAAGAACAUUUCCACUGAUAAUCUUAUAAACAAGUUGGACAAAAUCGAACAAACUCGAUUACUUGAAGAGAAUAAAGAAAAAAGUAAUUUUUCCGAAGAUUCCAAGAAUAGCCAUGAUACAGUUUUGCCAUCGGAAGAUAUUUUCGCCAAGAGUGUUCCCGUGAAAGUUAAGCGAACUUCUUUUCUGGAAACUAUGCUAUCUGAUGAUUCAACAGAUAUCUCAAUGAGUUACGCGGCAAUUUCUGUAACUUCAAGCAUGGAUAAAGAAUUAAGCACGACUAAUAAAUCAUCAAAUAAAAUCCGGAAAUUAGAUGCAGAUUUUACGACGGAAAGCGAAUGUUCGCGUGAUUUCUGUAAUGCGGCAGAAAUGGAUACAAACAACUCCAACGAAAUGGAAGAAAAGAUCGUCAAGAUUUUAAAUGUAAAAUCAACGCAAUCAGAGAAUAAAAGUGUCAGUGACGUAAAAAAUGACGUGCUGAAUGAACUUCUCUGCAAUUUUAAUAAUAUAAAAUUGAAAAUAGUGAGUCCCGAAAAUAAGAAAUUAGCAGCAAAGGUAGAUGAAAAGAUAUCAUGCCCGAUCGAUAGUAGAAUUUCCAAAGAAGAAGAGAACACAUCUAAAUCAUUUGAAAAAUCUCGAAACGAGACUUGCAGCGUUCUUCUAAACACGAAAAUUACUGAUGUAGAUAACGAUACACCAAUCGUUGAGAAAAUGGUAAAAGAAGAAAAUAUUACGAAAAUAAGCAUCGAGGAAAAGCCUCAAAAUCUCAAGAAUGACACUCCAACGAUUAUUGAGAAAAUUAUAAAAAAUGAAAAUAUUGAGAUUAAAAAUCAUAAUAAAUCCUGCGAUAUCAAACAUAAAGUUGCAAAAGACAACUCCGUAACGAUCAGGAAAAAUUCUUCGGAUGUUAAAUCAGAAAAGAUCAAUAUAAAGACCAAAAUUGAGAAAACGUCCAAACCCAUAAAAAAUACGGUCGAGGAUGCCAAUCGAGAGCUUAAAAAAUCACGAGAUAUUCGUACUCCCAAGACGAUACUUAAGAAAACUAAUAUUGAGCGCGAGCGACAUAGAGAGAACGAAUCCCAAAAGAGAAUUCCCAUCGGGGCACCUGCGACGAUGAACAAGAUUUUCGACAGUAGAGAAUUGAAGACGAUCGCAGAUGCAUCGUGCAAGAAUAGCCUGGAAAACGGCAGGAAGCGCGAAAGAGCUUCGAGGAAGAUUCAUACUCGCGGUAAAGAAAAGACUGACGAAGUAAUCGCGAAUGAUCAGGCCGACGAUGAUCGAAGGGGGUCGGCAUUAGUAUUAGUAGAGGAUACGAUGAGUAAGUGUGCCAUAGCUAAGAAAACUACUUCCGUAAACCCUUAUAAUAAUAAUGACAAUAACAGGGCCGUAACACCCGUAGCUAACGUAAGUAACGACCAAUCGUUUCGCGACGUUGUAACGAUAACCCCGGGUAAAGUUAGGAGUUUCGUUAAGUAUUACGAGAUUCGGUGCGACGCGACGACCGUCGAGAAACAUUCUAAAAUUAACGAUAGGGAGAAAGUAGCUAGGCGUAAGUUCAUGAAGAGCCAAGCGGUGCCCCUUGCUGCGAGAAAUUCGCAGCGGCCGGAAAUAAUAACGAAGAAAAAGGAAAUGAAUGGUGGAGGCAGGAGUGUUAAGUCAAAUGGUUGCGACCUUCCCGGAACGUCUAACAAAACUCAACCUUCGACGUUUGUCCCGAGGGUCCCGGAAAGUUCUUUCUACAAUCCAAUUUGUAAAACAAUAAAAAUAGGAUCGAAGAUCGUGGAGUAUGAAAAGAGCGGCUCGCACAUGUACGAUAAGGAGACACGUGCGCCGUUCACUAAGACCGCGAAAAAGUCGGUACAGUUCCUGGGCGGUUACACCGUAAUUCGCUCAGAAACUUUUGGCAAAGACGAAUCCGCGAGGAUCAUUGUGGAUUCCGAUACAAAUACAUUGAAAAAGAGGAGAGCCCCCGGAAUACCGCCCUCGCAGGAUUUCAAUGAUCAGAAGCUUGUCCGUGAAAUCGAAAAAUCGGAGAAACCGCUGUACGUCGGAGAAGGUACCCUCCGACCACGAAAAGCCGUGACUCAGAUACAUGCAGUAACAGGUCACGUGCAGAAUUCAGGUAUUAAUCGCUUCGUUUUAAAACCAGAAAUCCCACAGCUCGUAUUUUACUGUACUAUAUAGAUAACACACGUAGCCUUUACGAGUCGUCGUUGCUCCGAGUCUCAAAGAAAUUGUACCGCGUGAAUCCUUGCGUAAGCAUUUUGAUUUUCGCUACCAACCGAAGAAUAGAUUUUACAACGCUGCAUAAUACCUGCUAAAAAGUAAUUUCUGCCUGUUAAUGUGCACCGCGUGUACAUAAGCUCUGCAUACAUUUAGAUUUAAAUUUUAUCUCGAAGAUAAAGUCCAAUUUUUUUAACGCAAAAUAUUAACAUACCUCUUCUCUUUACUCUCUACAUAUCGCUAUAAAACUCUAAUUUUUUAUUUAUACCGUGAAUUUAUUAUAUUUCAACCUUAAAGAGAAAGAACAGCAAUGAUGUAUCUAUUAAAACUAUUUAUUUAACUAAACAGUGUUUCAAUAAGCGAAAUACGCUACACGCAUACAUUCAGUUCUAAUAAGCCGGUCACGCACAUUCCGAUAAAAGCAACGAUUGGAUUUGAAUGACCAAAUUUCCCGUGUGCUCCAAAAGGAUUUGAGGAUCACAAUGAAUCGCUCGGCAAACAGACCGCUAUUCUAGCUCGAGUGCUUUAACUGCAAUGUGGUCUGGAUAUUCUCGGCCGUGAACGAAUUUGGACGAUUUAUGGAAAGAUAUUUACGCGAUGGAAAGAUACUUUCUUUUCCGCUAAGCAAUUGUUCGGUCUGUAACUCGUAAAAUACUUUAUAUUUCUUCGACAUU